AUGCUUAAACUGGCUUGUUUUCACAUUGCAUUUUUAUGUUAUUCUUUAUCUAUAAAUAGAGUCCAUAAGUAGAGGACUGUAUCAUGUAUUCAUGUGCUUAGUUAGAGAGAAUAGAGUUCACCAACUAUGAGGAGAGAGAGAGAGAUGGAGAGCCAGCAGCAGCAACAACAUCAAGCGGUUGGAAGGGACCCACCAUUUUGGGGAGGAGGAAGCAACCGAAUUGCUUCGUUUAAUUUGGAAGAGGAGCAUCCACCAUCCAUAAGUGAUCAUAGUAACAAAGAUUUCCAGGAAGAGGAUCCCAAACACCAGAAACCUGGCUGGAGGAAGUUCUUGCCAUAUGUAGGCCCUGGUUUUUUAGUCUCUUUGGCUUACUUAGACCCUGGAAAUUUGGAAACUGAUCUUCAAGCGGGAGCCAACCAUAGAUAUGAGCUACUCUGGGUCGUCCUCAUCGGGUUGAUCUUCGCUUUCAUUAUCCAGUCCCUUGCAGCGAAUCUUGGUGUAGCAACAGGCAAGCACUUGUCCGAGCUGUGCAAAAUAGAAUACCCAAAACACGUAAGGUAUUGUUUAUGGUUGCUGGCAGAGCUUGCCGUCAUUGCAGCUGAUAUUCCUGAAGUUGUUGGAACGGCUUUUGCUCUGAAUAUACUGUUUCAUAUCCCAGUAUGGGCUGGUGUUCUCUUAACUGGCUUGAGUACUCUCCUACUUCUGGGUCUACAGAGAUAUGGGGUCCGGAAGCUGGAGAUGUUAAUAGCACUUCUAGUAUUUGUGAUGGCUGGUUGCUAUUUUGGAGAAAUGAGCUACGUCAAGCCUCCUGCAACAGAGGUGCUGAAGGGGAUGUUCCUGCCUAGGCUCAGUGGUAAUGGUGCCACGCCCGAUGCUAUUGCUCUCUUGGGCGCCCUCGUCAUGCCGCAUAACCUCUUUCUCCAUUCUGCUCUUGUGCUUUCAAGGAAGGUACCUCAAUCCGUCCGUGGAGUCAAUGAUGCGUGUAGAUUUUUCUUGAUAGAGAGUGGAUUCGCACUGUUUAUAGCCUUUUUGAUCAAUGUUGCAGUGGUCUCCGUCUCAGGCACUGUCUGCUCGGCCCCAAACCUCUCCCAUGAGGACUCUGAUCACUGCAGUGAUCUCACUCUAAACUCGGCUGCUUUUCUUCUCAAGAAUGUCUUAGGAAAGUCAAGUUCAACCAUCUAUGCCAUUGCUUUACUGGCUUCAGGACAGAGCUCCACCAUCACUGGCACUUAUGCAGGCCAAUAUAUCAUGCAGGGGUUCUUGGACCUUCAGAUGAGGAAGUGGUUAAGGAAUUUAAUGACUCGUUGCGUUGCUAUUACACCUAGUCUUGUUGUCUCUAUCAUUGGUGGUUCUUCUGGUGCUGCUCGGCUGAUCAUCAUAGCCUCGAUGAUAUUGUCAUUUGAGUUGCCAUUUGCUCUUAUCCCUCUUCUCAAAUUUAGUAGCAGUUCUACCAAGAUGGGACCCCACAAGAAUUCUAUAUAUAUCAUCUUGAUCUCAUGGAUUUUAGGGCUAUGCAUCAUCGGUAUCAAUGUCUAUUACUUGAGCACAGGAUUUGUUGGUUGGCUGAUUCACAAUAAUCUGCCAAAAGUUGCCAAUGUAUUCAUUGGAAUCAUAGUGUUUCCCCUCAUGGCAUUAUACAUUCUUGCUGUUCUCUACUUAAGCUUCCGCAAAGACACUGCAGUAACAUUCAUGGAGCCACCCAAGUUAGAUCCUACUGCUCAGAUCCAAAUGGAGAAAGGGUUCAAUGGAAGAACCAACACUCAAUCUGAGGAACUUCCUUACAGGGAGGACCUUGCAGAUAUUCCACUUCCAGAAUAAAUGAGAAGGAUCUCUCAAUCAGUCUACAAGGCUAUUGCACCAAAUGGAAACUUCCAUGUAACUUACUGUCAAUGUAGCUUAAUUGCCAUGUUUGUAACUUGUAAUGUGAGAA